AUGCUGAUAAGAUAUGAAGAAAUAGACCUUGAAACAGGAAUACUGGAAACCAAAAGAGAUCCUGUUCCUUCAGAUGAUAUUUAUCCUGUCCACAUGAUUUUGGAUAAUAAAGAUGGCAUACAAGGUUCCUGCCAGUAUUUUAAGGAGAGAGUAGAUAUCACUGAUCAAAUAAGGAGGAAGGAUUUGCAACCCUGUUAUACUUACACAGAAGCAGUUGAAAAAUGGGGCGAGAAACUAGUCAUUGUUGCUUCCCAAGACCAGCGUUACAGAGCUUUGAUAGGCUGGGAGGGGGACCCCGACUUAAAACUCCCUGACUUCUCCUACUGUAUCUUGGAGCGUUUAGGCCGUGCUAGGUGGCAAGGAGAGCUUCAGAGGGAUCUCCACAGUGGGGCUUUCAAAGUGGAUGCUGGAAAAAUUCAUUAUCACCGGAGAGUACUGGACAGAAACGGUCUCAUAACGAUGCAGUCCCAUGUCAUAAGACUACCGAGUGGAGCACAGCAGCACUCAAUUCUUCUACUUCUGACUCGCUUUCAUGUUGAUAGGAGGAGCAAAUAUGAUAUUCUGAUGGAGAAGCUCUCAAGUAUGCUAAGUGCUCGUUCAAACCAGAUGGAAACAUUAGGAAAUUUGAGGGAUGAAUUGGGUCUUUGUGAGAGAACUUUCAAACGUCUCUAUCAAUAUAUGAUGAAUGCUGGCCUAGCCAAGGUAAUAUCCGUCCCAUUACAAGAUGUACACCCCAAUGGAGGACCCUACAAGACAAAGAAAGGGACUGAUGUCAUGGUCCGUUGCCUUAAAUUACUGAAGGAAUUUCGGAAGAAAAUGGAAGAUUAUCAUGAUGAUGACGAAGAAGAGAUCAUCACAAAAGCUGUUCAGCCUGUGGAUAUUGUCUGUGAAAGGGAUAUGCUCACCCAGGCUUAUGAGCUAAUUGAAAGUAGGGGAACCAAAGGUAUUUCUCAGGCAGAAAUUCGCUUGGCUAUGAAUGUGGGGAAGCUAGAGGCAAGGAUGCUCUGUCGUCUUCUGGAGAGGUACAAAGUUGUCAAGGGUUUUAUGGAGGAUGAAGGUCGGCAAAGGACAACAAAGUAUAUUUCAUACAUUUUUGCAGAGGAGAGUGAUUUAAACCGUCAGUUUGAGAGAGAGAAGGCUAGGAGUGAGCAGUUAGCUACGGUUACUUUGGCUCUUGUGCCAGAAGAUUCCCCACCUGUGGAAGAUGUGUCUCCUGGAGAAGAUGAUGCUUUGGUCUCAGAGUCUGACAAUGAAGAAGGGAAAGAUGUCAAGAAGAGAGGAAAAGGUCAGAAGGCCAACUCUGGUUCUCUCCUGAAAUUAAGUUUCCAAGAGGACAUCCAUCAGUCAACGCCGGCUAAAGGCUCAAAGCCAACACCUGUGAAGUCUCAGGGGAAGAAGCUGCCUUCCCCUCAAAUUCUUGAAGAGCCCGAAGAGCUCCCAGACAGCGUUUUGGGGGAGAGUUCUGCUUUGGAAACUCUAAAGCAGGAGCCCAAUCUUUCCACCUGUGCUCAUGCCACUGAUGAAGAUGGGGAUGUGGCUGUGGUUGAGGAGGUCAGACUCGAAGACCCUAAGAAGACCUGUGGCCAAAAGAAGGAGAAGCGUUCCAAAGCUACAGCAGUGGAGAGAUCUCACGAAACGUACAGGCUGCUGAAGCGCCGAAAUCUCAUUGUGGAAGCUGUUCGAAACCUCCGGCUAAUUGAAAGCUUGUUUACGCUUCAGAAAAUGGUCAUGGAUCAAGAGAAGCAAGAAGGUGUCUCCACUAAAUGCUGCAAAAAGUCUAUCGUCCGACUGGUACAGAAGCUUGCGCGAGAAGGACUCCUCAGACUCUACCGUACUACAGUCAUUCAAGAUGGCAUUAGUAAAAAGGUAGAAUUUGUUGUGCAUCCUUCAGUGAGUCCCAAUGAUCCCCUUGUAAAAAGCGCCAUUGAGCAAGUGCGCUUCCGAAUCUCCAACUCAAGCACGGCAAGCAGGAUUAAAGUUCCCCAGACACCAACAUCCCAGGACCAUGCUGAAGAAGAAAACUGGGGGCAAGAGGCAGUUCCUGAUUCAGGAGAAACGCAAGGAGGCUCAUGUAAAGCUGAUAAUAAUAGUCGGGCAAGAAAAACUGAUGAAAAAAUGGGCAUAACGCAGCUAAAAAACUAUCACCCUGUUACAGUUCCAGGACUUGGACGUUCUCUUGGUUUUCUUCCCAAAAUGCCCCGUUUAAGAAUGGUCCACAUGUUCCUCUGGUACUUAAUUUAUGGCCACCCUUUAAAGGGAAGACAGCAAAAAGGAGAUGGUGAGAAAAAAGGCAGCAAACAAGAGCUGGAUGUGGAGGCAGCUGUAGUUGAAGCGCAACCAGAUGGGACAUUAGAAAUUAUGGCAACUGUGGUGAAUCCUGAAGGUUCUGCACAGGAGACUGAAGUAGACUUGUCUAAUCAAACAGUGUAUGUGGAUGAUGUCUCGUGGAUGCGCUAUGUCCCUCCUCUGCCAGUUCACCGAGAGUUUGGAUUUGGAUGGGCUCUUGUUAGCGACAUUCUUCUCUGCUUGCCUCUCUCGCUCUUUGUUCAGAUAGUACAAGUCAGCUACAAGGUGGAUGGUCUGGAAGAUUUUUUAAAUGAUCCACUAAAAAAGCACACUCUGAUCAGAUUUCUUCCAAGGUCAGUCCGACAGCAGCUCCUCUACAAAAGGAGGUACAUCUUUUCGGUGGUAGAAAACCUUCAAAGAUUAUGUUAUAUGGGACUGAUACAGUUUGGCCCAACAGAGAAAUUUCAAGACAAAGAUCAGGUCUUUGUGUAUAUGAAGAGAAACGCUGUGAUUGUCGAUACCACUAUCUGUGACCCCCACUAUAACCUGGCUCAAAGUAGCCGCCCAUUUGAGAGACGCCUCUAUGUUCUGAACACCAUGCAGGAUGUGGAAAACUUCUGGUUUGAUCUGCAGUGUGUCUGCCUUAACACCCCACUGGGAGUUGUCCGCUGUCCUCGUUCAAAGAGAAGUAAUCUUCAAGGGGAGGAGACUGCACUAGAUGUAGAAAUGGAACAAGAGUCAGCAGUGAAUAAACACAAUCUGGAACGAAAGUGUGCGAUGCUGGAAUAUACCACAGGCAGCCGAGAGGUGGUUGAUGAUGGAACUAUCCCCGGAGAUGGGUUAGGAGCUGCAGGUCUGGAUUCCAGCUUUUACGGGCACCUAAAACGCAACUGGAUCUGGACAAGCUACAUCAUCAAUAAGACUAGGAAGGAAAGUACAGUUUCUGAGAACGGACUGAUGGUGAGACUCCAAACCUUCUUAACAAAACACCCCCUUCCACUCAGUACUGGAGGUAAUAAAAUUGAUAUUUUGGGAGAAGGAAAGUUAGGAUCUGAGUCACUUGUCCACAAAGAGGAAUAUAUUGAAAUAAAUAAAGAACCAACCCAGGAUCGAACCAAACGAGUGAGAGGUGGAAAAAACCAAAAGAGGAAGAGGCUUAGGAAAGACACUGGAAAGAAGACGAAGAAGAAAAAGAAAGAAGAGGAUUCUGUAGAAAAAAGCAAAAGACUCCGCUACCAUGAUGAAGCUGACCAGAGUGCCCUGCAGAGAAUGACACGUCUGCGUGUCACCUGGACAGUGCAAGAAGACAGUCUGCUCAUGCUGUGCCGAAUUGCUAGUCACGUGCUGAAUGCGAAGGUAAAAGGGCCCUUUGUUCCAUGGCAAGUAGUUCGGGAUAUCAUGCAUGCCAGCUUUGAGGAGUCCCUUGAUAAAACCUCUCAUUCCGUUGGACGAAGAGCUCGUUACAUUGUCAGAAAUCCACAGACCUAUCUUAAUUACAAAGUUUGCCUUGCUGAGGUUUACCAGGAUAAAGCCCUCAUUGAAGAUUUCAUGAAUAGAGAAAAUAAUUAUGAAGAUCCACAGGUUUGUGCAAAGGAGUUUAAAGAGUUUGUGGAAAGACUGAAAGAGAAAUUCAGUUCAACCCUGGGGAAUCCCAAACUUGAGAUUCCUGAUACUUUGCAGGAACUCUUUUCCAGAUUCCAAGUUUUGGCAAUUGGAGAAGACACAAACCGAAACACAAAAGAGGACAGUCUAAGCAGCAUCUAUGAUAUUCAUUUUCUAGUGCUACAGAAUUUGAUUCAGAGCACUUUGGCACUCUCAGAUAACCAGAUGAAAUCCUGCCAGUCAUUCCAGACAUUCCGUUUGUACCGGGAGUACCGGGAUGACAUUCUUGUGAAGGCUUUCCUAGAGUGUCAGAAGAGAAGCUUGGUCAAUCGCCGUCGAGUAACCCACACGCUGGGACCAAAGAAAAGCCGGGCUUUGCCUUUUGUACCCAUGUCGUAUCAGCUGUCUCAGAGUUACUACAGAGUUUUUACGUGGCGGUUUCCUAGCACAAUUUGUACAGAGUCCUUUCAGUUCCUAGAGAAGCUCAAGGAUGCUGAAAAAUCAGACCAGCCAGAUAACUUCUCAUUUAAAGAUCAAGAAAACAAAGCAUCAGAAGGAAUGAUUGCGUUUCCUAUGGAUGGACCUGGUGGCCAUUGUGUGGCGAUGCUUUCCCUCUUCUCCCUGGGACUUGUAUCUGUGAAUGUGAGAAUCCCAGAGCAGAUAGUUGUGGUGGACAGCACUAUGGUGGAAAAUGAAGUGAUAAAAAGUUUGGGAAAAGAAGGACUUGAGGAUGAUGAUGACGAUGAUGAUGACUUAGAUGACAGCUCUGGAGGCAAACGGAGAAUAGAAGUAAAAGCUCGCCAAGCAUCUCAUACCAAUUACUUACUGAUGAGAGGCUACUAUGCCCCUGGAAUUGUCAGCAUGCGCAAUCUGAGUCCCAGUGACAAUAUUGUGGUCAAUUCCUGCCAGGUGAAGGUUAAGCUGCGAUGUACACCCGUUCCCGGAAGACUCAGCUCUCCAGUUUCUUCUCUGCUUGAUAACAUGACUGUGGGUGUCUCCUGCCUCCCCGAAACUUUUACCAGGCUGAUAAAAGUCCAAGAAGAAAGUUAUGAGGUUGAUCGGUUUCUUCCUGAGUGUACAGAACGCUAUGGCUAUAAUCCCAGAGAUGUAGCUGCUGUUUUGGAGAUCCGUAAUGCAAUAGAGGCGACUUCCCACUUUGGAAUUUGCAAAGCUGAGCUGAGCAAACGUUUCUGCAGCUAUGAAGAGGUGGAACCUGAACGCACCAGGAGCUUGGAGCAGUACAUUCAGGACCUUAUUGAAAUGCAGCAGGUUUUAGAAGUUGGAGGCCACACUGUAAGACUGGUUGCAAUAAUAUUUGCCAAGCCAUGGCUAUUACAUUCGGUAUGUCUGAAGAAUAAACCAGAUGACUGUGAUGAGCAAGGUGCAGAAACCACUCUCCCAGAGGUACAACAGGAUUGCCUGCCGUCAGAACCAAAGGAGGGAGGGGAGUGUUCCAGAGAGGAGGAGGAGGAGCAACUGGGAAAAGACACACCAUCUGUCACUGAUGAAGAACCCCCAAGGAAGAGAUGUAAGACUGAAAACGAUGCCCUUCAAGAUGGCAAUCAACUCUGCCAGGGUUCACAGAGUGGUUUGAAAAGUGCAAAUGCAGGUAACUCUGAUGCAGAUGUUACUGAUCCUGUUCCAGUGAAGGAAGCUUUAGUCAUGGAUGAAGAAACAGGCUCCCUGGGGGGGCAGACAGAACACCUAGCUGAACACCCGGUGUGCGCUUCAGAUGCUGUGAAUGUGGACACUUACAAGGAACAAGAUAAAUCUUGUUCUGAGGACAAAGACCUUGAAGAGAAUUAUGAGCUCAGCAUGGAGCACAACAAGCAGGUCCCUAUCCUUGACCAGUCAGCCAGUGAGCAGGAUGAUGAUCUUGCUGACUUGCAGGAGAACCCAGGAGUCUCUAAAGGAAGUUCUGUGACAGAUGUAUCCCAGGCAGCCAGGGACCGGGCCUGCGAGAAGGUCUGCUUCAUCGGGAGACCGUGGAGGAUCGUGGAUGGGAACCUGAAUAAACCUGUGUGUAAGGGGAUGAUGGAAGCUGUGCUCUACCACAUCAUGACAAAGCCAGGCAUAACGGAAGGCGUGCUCUUGCAGCAUUACAUGGGGGUACUGCAGCCCGUCGCCGUCUUGGAGAUACUGCAGGGUCUGGAAACUCUUGGUUGCAUCAGGCGAUUCUACAUGAAAAAGCCAUCCCUGGUGUCACUCUUUUCUCAGCCAGUUGUGGAAGAAAACCUAAACAAUCCCAAACUGAGCGAAACCCCAACAGCAUACUACGAGCCUACGAUAGACUGUGCUCUCAGGCUGGGAAGAGUGUUCCCCUGUGAAGUCAACUGGAAUAAAUGGGUGCAGAUUAUCCCUGUAUAAAAGAGAUAAAGCUGAGCCAUAUUACAUUGGUUUAGACUACAGGAGUGAGCGUUAGUGCAGACUAAGUGUUACAAUUUCUGCUCCAUCAUGGUUUUAUUAAGUUAUUUAUCCUUUUUACUUUUGAAUGUAUUUAAACUGAGAAUAAAGCUUAACGUUGACACAGGUAAUAUUUGAUCCUACUUUAAGUAUAUUCUCUUUUUACCAGUAACUGCUUAUAGAGGAUGUAGUUCAUAAUUUCUGCUUUAUCUUAUGGGGUUUUCACAAGGCACAGCAAAGGCCCCUUUUUUCCCCCCUGCCCCAAGGCCGCAGCGCUCGCAUUUUACCUUUGCUUUGCCUUCUCCUCUGCUGCACCGCAGCUGGCUCUGCGCUAAGGUUUGGUAGCUGUCCCUUAGCUUCGUUACCGUCAGGUCUCUCUGUAUUUCAAAGACUGGGUGCUCGGUGUGCGUGGCAUUAGUUUCUGAUGUGUGCUUUUAGCAG